AUGGCCACCAGUGCGCCCAAAGCAAUAGUAGCACAAGCGGCCGCUCUGCGCGCGGCACGCAAGAUCUCAUCGACCCCGUUUACGAAGAACGAUACAGCACCAGUGGUGAAGAAAAAGCGGAACCUGGAGAAUAUCUGGGAUAUCGAUGCGGACGCGGCGAAUGGGGAGGCGGACGAGGAAGAUGAUGAUGAUGAGAGUGGCUCAGCAUUGGAGACGAACUCGUCCGAUGGGGAGAGGGAGCAGCGUAGUAUCGCUAUCUCCGCAACUGUGAAGAACAUUUAUACCAAGCUCGAGGACCUGGAGCACACGAUUGAGCAAGAGCUCAAGCCGCUGGCGUAUGCAACACUGGAGCGCAUGGAAAGACUCGAGGCCCUCGUCAUCAAGCAGGAGCAUCUCCGGAAAAUAGAGGAACAAGGCUCAAUACCGGACUACUUGGAGGAGCCGGGGCAGAGAGAGAGGGAAGUGGUGACCGGGAUGGGGUGGGGCGAUACAUCAGAUAGAAAGCAGAAGAGAACCAGGAGGAUAUCGAGAGAGCUGUUUUGA